AGAGCGGGCAGGGGCGGGGCGCCGCCGUGUCCGCCCGGGAGGGUUCUCCUUCUCCAGAGCACCGAGACCCGCGCGGUGUGCCCGGAGUUUCUGUAGGUGGCCGUGCCUGCUGCCUUUCACCUUGAUAACCAGUCAACGUGGAUGAGGGAGGGGCAACUGCUGUCAUCUACCUGGACUUGUGCCAGGCAUUCGACACCGUCCUGGGUGACAUCCUUGUCUCUGAACUGGAGAGACGUGGAUGUGAUGGAUGGACCCCUCGGUGGAUGAGGGUCAACAGCAGCCUGUCCAGUGAUGAGCUUCUCCUGGAAGACUUAGAGACAGAAGGGGAGAGGCAGCUGAAGACCCUCCUUCAGCAGCAGCUUGACACCACUGUCUCCAUCGAGCAGUGCAAGUCGAAGAGAAGAUGCUUUGCCCCUGCAGCUUUUUACAAGCCUUUUGGGGAGGAGGCUGCGGGGGCUUUGACCUUGUCACAGUUCCAGGCCCUGGAGGAGAGCAACAAAGAAACUUCCUCUCUCCGGGAGCUGGGGCUCUCCGACUCGGAGAUUCUGCUCUGGAAGAACCGGACUUCAACAAGGAAGGGCUCUGGGCUGGGGGCGGCCCCAGAGGCCACGCAGGACCGACUCCAUGCCAUCCAGGAGAAGAUGGAAGAGCGUCAGUGCAUCCUGGCUCUGCCACAGAGGUUUGCUGGCAGCAAGCAGCUGAGCCGGAGGGAGAUGGAGAUUGAGAAUGCCCUUUUCCAGGGAACAGACCGCCACUCCUUCCUCCGGGCGCUCUACCACGAAGAUGACACUCAGAAGAAGGGAACUAAUGAAAAGGACCCCAUGGUUCAUCUGGAGAGCGUUUACCAAGAGCUGCUGAGCAAGAAGUGCCCUAAAAAAGUCCAGCCUGCUAAGAGUGACCCCUGCUUGUGCCCUUCCCUGGCCCUGCAGGGGCCUGUGACCGAGGACUCGUCACCUCCAGACCAGGAAGAGCAAGCAGAACAGGCAGCAAGUCCCAGCGUUCCUGCAACAAAGCCCCACCAGUCCUCUCCAGGGCCAGUGAUUAUCAAGGAGCCUGUAGAGUUUGUCCCAGAAGAGGAGAUCCUCAAGAACCGCCUCUCAGAGGAAGAACUCCGGAAGAUACCCAGGUUCUCGUCCUACCAUCCAGGGGAGCCCAGCAAGGUGCUGUAUUUGAAGAACCUGGGCCCUCGGGUGAGGAUGAAGGACCUGGUGUCCUUGUUUGCCCGGUUCCAGAAGGAGGACAGCCCACUGAUCCAGUUCCGCCUCCUCAGCGGGCGGAUGAGGGAUCAGGCCUUCAUCACCUUCCCUGAUACUGAGUCUGCCCAGAGUGCCCUGCAGCUGCUGAACGGGUACAACCUGCAGGGGAAGCCACUGGUGAUUGAAUUUGGGAAAAGCAAGAAGCAUUUGCCAGAGGCUGACGCUGCCAUCCCCAGCUCCUCUGCUGCAGAGAACCCCCCUGCCACGUGAGGAUGGAUAACCAGGAGCCUUGUGGUGUUCAGUGAGCCGUGGGAACUCCUUGGUUGUACCUGGCACAGUGAAGGACUGUUGGGAGUUAAUGUGCAGGUCCAUUAAUCUCAGGGUGGGGAAGGGAGAGAGAUGGGCACUGCCUUUACACUGUUGGGGUGGACUGGCUUUUUCCUCCUGUUCCACAGGUGUGUUUGCCUUCUCAGCCUUUAGAGGCAGGGAGGGAGAGAGGAGGCCGUGUAAAUAAAUGCACUUAUUAUGGUAUUUC